UGCGGGUAUCAUCUAUGAAGAUACCCAGAUAGCAACAGACUCCGGGGCGAAUCCGCCUUCAAGUCGACUGCUCCGCUGUAAGCUCGGAUUCAAUUCGACAACGCGCACAGAAUAUGCCCCGCCUCCGCUCAGCGCACUGUCAGUUUGCGGACUCGUCACAGACGCUGGGCAGAUUCACUAACCGGACGCGCCUUUUUCAAUUAUCGCAGUCACUGAAUCCUUCUCCUCACCGUGGAAAAGCUGGAGCCGAAGGCCGGUGAAGACUGAACACGGUCUACAGGGUCUGUCAUUUUACGCGUUGUCAUUAACACCCGACGAAACCCGCCCACUGAAUCUAGUGCUUCUGACUGACAUGGAAAAUGGCCAACCAUCGAUGAGCGCCUGUACGAUCCAGCCAAUGAAAUGAGAUCUUUUUGUUGGCAUGUAGUAUUUUACUAGAUCAAUUUAUUUGAUAAUUAAAAUGGAUAUUUCAAAAUUCUUCAAAAAGAGGAAGUAAAACACCCCCAUGCAACACUUGAACGCCAAGAUACAUCAGCUUCAGCUUACAACUCAUUCAAGUGCUACCAGUGUGUUUUUGGAGUAUUUCUUCUUUCUAUUUCAUCUUUCGUCUCAGGAAACUUACAGCUCAUUCAAGUGCCACCAGUGUGUUUUUUGGAGUAUUUCAUCUUUCAAUUUCAUCUUAACUGAACAUCUGAGUAAAGUAAGAUUAAAAACUGUUUUAAACUGGAUUUAGCCAGCUAUUUUGUCAAAUACUGAUAAUUAGGGCUGGACGAUUAAUCGAAAAGUAAUUGAAACCAAAAUUCAGAACCUGUUACUGACGUAAAACACAGAGACGGCGCACGAGCAGUGAGCCUUGUGUCUUCACUAAACUCUGAUAGUUGUAUGUGUAUUAUGGUUUAUGUGUAUUAGCCUACGAUUUGCCAGUUUAGACAUUCAAGCGAUUAUAUGAUCCGAUGUGUAUUAUAUUGAGCUACCGUGCUCACACAGCUGCAUUGUGGCACGAAAACAGAAACUAGUUGUAAGCUCUGUCCUGUGAUUUAUCACUAAAGUAGCUAAGAAACUCAAAAGUUAUUAUAGCAUAUAUUUUUCUACUUUUGAAGGAACUAUUUACAACCCACAGCUUCAUAAUUAAUAAAGAAAUGAUAUAACUAAUUCACACAAGCAAUCGCUCUCAUUAUGUACUGGUACUGUGCUAAUUUAUUUUUAUCUGAUUUACAACAAGCAGAAAUAUGUUAGAAAUGUUAUGAACCACAGAUAAAAUAACUGCUGAAAGUUAGCUAUGUUAUGUCAGAUCACUCUUUCAAAAGGAAAAAAUAUCCCAUCUUUAAUAGUCAAGCAAAUUUACAGUACAAACCUUGUAAGUGAACUAUUAGGGCAAAACAAACAAAUAAAAUAAUCAUUAAUUAAUAAUUGAGGUAAAAUGUUUAAUUAAUCGAGGUUUUGAUUUUAGGUCAUAAUCGUCCAGCCCUACUGAUAAUGGUCCACACUACAACUUUUAACAUGUAAUACACGUGCCAUUUGAUUUCAAAAGAUUCAUACAAGGUUAAAAGUUUAAAAAACCUACAUUUUAAGCUGUUUCUUAGGUUGUGUUUGUUAUUGGAAACAAGGUUUGCAUUAUAUAUAACACUGUGGAAAGCAGUGAUGGAGUGUACAUAGUAUACAAAUAAUUUUCAGAUAAGUUUUUGUUUAAAAAACUACUUAUUAGGUUUACAUCCUACUUUGUUGGUUUCACUUUCAUGCAUCGGGCAGUCCUUAUUGCUUGCAACCAGUGAGUUGCGAAAAAGAACAAACAUUUGUGUUUUCAAAAAAAAAAAAAUACAGCAAGACUCGACAGUAAGGACUUUUAACAUGUAAUAAAUGUGGGCAGACCUUAUUGUCGAGUCUUGCUGUAUUUUUUUUUUUUGAAAACAAAUGUUUUCAAAAAUGUUUUCAAAUGUUUGUUUUUGCAACUCACUGGUUGCAAUCUGUCUUUAUGUUUCUGUAACAUUUCUUUUAGAUAAGAUGAACAGAAAAACUGUUCCUGUCUCCAGCUCUACCUUAAGACGGAGGGCCCAUGUAGACGUAGAUAAACGACUUAAACAAAUUAGGGAUGACUACAUAAAUGUGACAGACUUUCAAGUGACAACAGAGAGGGACCUUGUAGAGGUCAAUAGAGAGCUUUUUGAAGAAAGUCCAGACAAUCCAGCUUAUUCAGACACUGCAACUGGACUAGUCUUUAGUGAGGAGGAAGGUGUCAUGGAGGUAGAUGCAGACACACAUGAGGGUUUCGUGAUUAGCAGUUGUGAUAGGCCGAUUCAGACAUCUGAUUGAGAACAUUCAGAAGAUGAACGGCCUGAGACAUUUUCACUCUCUGACAGUAUUUCCAACUGGGCCAUGCACUUUGGCAUUUCUUUGGUUGCUGUGACGGCACUAUUGUGCAUACUUCGCAUUUGCCAUCCUGAUCUUCCAAAGGAUGCUAGAACCCUCCUUAAGACUAAGACAAAGUACACUAUUCUAGAAAAGGCUGGGGGACAAUACCACUAUUUCGGUAUUCUGUCAUCACUUAGGAAUACGCUGUCUAAAUACAUACACACACUGGCUGACGGAUUCAGUUUGAAGUUGCAAAUAAACAUAGAUGGACUUCCUUUGUUCAAGAGCUCUAGUCUGCAACUGUGGCCCAUCCUUGGUCUGCUACUGAGUGUUCCCAUGAAAGAACCAGUAGUGAUAGGUUUGUUCUGUGGACCAAAGAAACCAAGCUCAGCAAAAUAGUUUCUUGGAGAUUUUGUUGCUGAGUUACAACAGCUUGAGAAAGGUUUUGAAAUGGAUAUUGAAAAGCUCGAACUGGACACAGUGAUUUGUGAUACACCAGCCAAGUCCUUUGUUAAAAACAAAAAAAACCACAAUGGCUACUAUGGUUGUGACAAAUAUUCUCAGCCUGGAAAAUACAUUAACAGAUGCAUGACAUACCCAUAUACAGACUAUGCUCUAAGGACAGAUGAUUCUGGGGAAGUCGUGGCCUAAUGGUUAGAGGGUUGGACUCCCGAUGAUUCUUUUGAAAAUAUGGUGGAUGAGAGUCAUCAUCAUGAGGGGCCACCUCCAUUUCAUGGCAGUAGUGUUGGCAUGGUUUCACAAUUCCCUCUUGAUUAUAUGCAUUUGGUUUGUUUAGGUGUUGUUAGGCGCUUGUUGAAUAUUUGGCUCAGGGGUCAUCUGAAUAUUCAGAGUACCUGCAAACAUAGCAGAAAGAAUGUCUGCUAAACUAGUAGAAAUGCGUUCCUAUAUUCCAGAUCGCUGAGGGAGUUAGAUCGCUGGAAGGCAACUGAAUUUAGGCAGUUUCUGCUGUACAACUUGUUUAUAAUGUACAUUCUUUGGUUCAUCUGGCAGAUGAAGUACAACGACAUGGUUGUCUUGACGCAUUUUCUGCAUUUCCCUAUGAAAGUUACCUGAACAAGCUAAAAAGGCUUGUUAUAAAACCAGACUUUUCCCUUGCCCAAAUUAUUCGUCGAUUGUCAGAGAUGAGAAUUACUGACACUCCUUUAAAUGGUGCCUCUUUUAAAAACAGCAUUUUGUUGGGCCACUUGUAGAUGGACUGUCAGUGAAAGCACAGUUUGGUGAGAUGGCAUGUGACGAGUGGACAGUUAAAGUUUCAACCGGGGAUAACGUGUUUGUAAUUGGAAAUGAGAUUUGCAUUAUACAUAACAUUGUGUGAAUUUACAAAGAAUUUUCACAGAAGUCUUUGUUCUUCACUUACCCAUUCAAUUAUGAAUAUAUGAAUAUCCAUAUCAUUUCACAAACAUCAGAUAUACUCAAGUGUGUUAAAGCUUCAGACAUCACCACAAACACUGCAGUCUGAAACUGGAUAACAAUUGUAAGUACUUGUUCAAAGUCAUUUUUAUUUAUACAGUAAAGAUUGUUUCAAUGUCACUUUGAAUCAACAAUGGUCUGUCAACUAACUGCAGUUGAGCUUAAUAAGGCCACAUUUAAACUGUUAUUCUGAUUUGUUGACCAUAUCCAUAAAUAUAUGUUUAUUGGAUGACCAGCUUACAUCUUCUUUUUAAAGUGACCCAUAUGCAAUUACACUAUGCACUUGGUGAAACAAGGUAGAUGUACUGACCCAGAAAAGCUUAGGCUGAAAAGAAAGUAAAAACUGCGUGAUCAGCAAAUCAUUGGGUCUCAUUCACUAACAGUUCUUCUCAUUAAAAAAACUUUCCAGCUAAUUCAAUAAUUGAUCAAUAAUUGAUUAAUAAUGAUGGCUAUAAACUGUAAUUUGAUUAAUAACAAUUGUUUCAGAACUUCUUGAAACAAAAAAGUUAUAUUUCUGUGUUGCUGUUUGUUUUUUUCCUUCUCGAUUAAGGAUGUUCCACUUAAUCGAGUUCAUGAUCAACCAAACGGUAGCAGUGGUGCCACAAACGUGGUGCAGAGAUGGAGUUGUCUAUUGGCCAAACUACAGAAAUGAUGAAAGAGUAAACAGGGCAUUGAAAAAUUCGGAGGAGCCUGGACCUGACUGGAAAACAUAUGAUGUCAGAGUUAUGAAAAAUGUGAUGACUACUUUGAGGCACAACAACUCUUAAAGAAAUCUCUGAUGAGUAAGAGGAAGAGAUUAAACCAAAGAGAAGGCCAAAGCCAAUUCAUUUCUUUGGAGGCACAGAUGAUGACAGUGAGGAGGAAAGUCAUCCUCAUAAAAAGAGAGCCAGGGGUCCAGCCAAAGUCUUAACCAAAACCACCAGCUCUUGUUAUCUCUCCACCAGCUCCUGUUAUAUCAGCACCACCUUUUAUCCCAAAAAGCGGCACAGCUGCUCCUCCUACACUCACUUCACCAGCUCACUGUGCACAGACACCAGCAGAAAAGCAAACCCCUUCUACAAGAAAGGUCUACAGACCAACCUGGCGGGGGGGGAAGAUGUGGAUCAGACAGUAUCGCCUGCUCUGCUGCAGAAGUCCACAUUAUGAGUUUAUUGGAAUUAAUAAAACACCAGCAGGAGCAAAUAAUUGCUAAAGUAAAUUAUUUGACGAGCAAGUUGAACCCGGCAGCCCAAAACAUGGAAAUGCCUGACAACCCAGUGGCUCAGAAAUCCUGCAAAUAACCAAAUAAAGUUGAGUGUGGCUCGUGGGGGGCGGUAAUGCGACUUUGACAUGAGAUGCAGAAGAAGAAGAAGAAGGACUUCGCGUCGCUCGCCGGUGACGUCACCACGCGCGCCUCGGCUUUCUUCUGAGGUGAGAAGCAGUUGACGGUGUGUAUCCCUCGGUGUGUGUGUGCUUCUCAGUGUCUGACUGAUGAAUGAAUGAACGCUGGAGUGUUUUCAUCUCCUGAAGAUCACACAAAGAUCAUGAAUGAAGCAGAAGCAGAGUCCUGCAGGAUCAAGGAGGAGGUCAUCGAAGAAAAGACAGACCUGAUGGAAGGGAUCGAGGAGAUAGAAGAAGUGAUUGAAGCGAAGAAACAUCAUGACAUUGAAACUGAUGAAACAUCCUUGAGUCCCUCGUGGGAAACAAGACCCGAAAUAUGUUUAAUUUGCCCUCAGUGUGGAGACAUUUUCACAUCCGAAGAAAGUCUUAAUCUUCACAUAAAAUGUAAAAGUGGAAUGAAGCCGUAUGCAUGUGAUCUCUGCGAUAAGACUUUCAGUCAAAAAGCAAACCUUGCCACACACAAGAAAAUCCACACUGACGAGAAGCCACAUGCUUGUGAUUUCUGCGAGAAGACUUUCAAUAAAAAAGCAAACCUUGCCAGACACAAGAAAAUCCACACUGACGAGAAGCCACACGCAUGUGAUCAUUGCGGGAAGAAGUUCAGAAAUAAAGGAAACCUCAAUACACACAUGAGAAUCCAUGCUGGAGAGAGUGAAGAUAAACUGCACACAUGCAGUCAGUGUGGAAAGAGAUUCAGACAAAAACACCGCCUUGAUCAACACAUGAGAAUCCACACUGGAGAGAAACCGCACUCGUGCGAUCACUGUGGGAAGAAGUUCAGAAAUAAAGGAAACCUGAAUAUUCACAUGAAAAUCCACACCGGAGAGAUGCCGUACACGUGUGAUCAGUGCGGGAGGAAGUUCAGACAUAAAGGAAACCUCAAUGCACACAUGAUAAUCCACGCUGGAGAGGGUGAAGACAAACCGCACACAUGCAGUCAGUGUGGAAAGAGUUUCAGACAAAAACACCGCCUCGAUCAACACAUGAGAAUCCACACCGGAGAGAAACCGCACUCGUGUGAUCACUGCGGGAAGAAGUUCACACGAAAACAGCAACUUAAUGAUCACAUUAAGAUCCACACAGGAGAAAACCUGCACACCUGUGAACAGUGCGGGAAGAGUUUCAGGAAGUCCAGUGUUUUCAAAGUACAUCUGCUCCAUCAUUCUAGAGACCGGAUCUAUAACUGUGACCAGUGCAGUAAAAGGUUUUUUAGGCCAGAUAACCUGAGGGACCACAUGAAAACACAUUCAGAGGAGAGGCCUUACGUGUGUUAUUUGUGUACGAAGAGCUUUAGACAUCUGAAUUGUUUAAAAAUACACCAGAAACGACACAGCGGUGUGAAGGAUCAUACUUGCUCUGAGUGUGGAAAGAGUUUUUAUGACCUUUAUGCUCUGAAACAGCACCAGACCGUUCACACCGGAGAAAAACCUUACCAGUGUUCACACUGUGACAAGAGAUUCAGUAUUUUAGGAAACCUGAAAAGACAUGAGAGUGUUCACACUAGCUAGAAGCCCUAUCACUGCUAGUCCUGUGAAGAGUUUCAUCUGAUUAUCUUCUCUACUCAGUCAUACGAAUAAGACAUGUUCAGAUCUGGUGCUUGGGUGCGUGUGCGCGCGCAUGGCUUCAGGAGAGCAACCCUACAUUUGUGUUGUUUUAUUUUCUUUCUUAUAUAUUCAUUAGGGUGACCACCCAUCCUGCGUUGCGCGUGCGCGCACAGCGUUUGAAGCCCAAUUCAUGCAUCCCACAAUUUGAGACUGUCACGCAUAAUCAAUGCUUGCUCAAAAAAAGUUGGUCGCUCUAUAUUCUCGAGCCCCACGCAGCCAAACGAACAUUACUUGACAGUUCAGCACCAAUGGCGGCUCCUGCCAGUUCUCUCGGGGGGGCACAUGUUUGCUCGAUUAAUGAGGAUAGUUCACCCAUUCAAUUGAUAAAUUAACAGCUAGUUAAUGAUGUAAAGGGAACUGAACUACUAUAGUAUUAAUUAAAAAUAAACUGGCAUUAGGAAUCAA